AAGCUUUGAAAGCCAUACACAUCUUUUCCAGCUCCCCUUUCUCUUCACCUUGCAAGACUCAGAGGAAAUAUCCACCUCAGCUCUAACAACCCCCCUCGCCCGCCCCUUCACAUCCUCCUGUUCCGUCUCAGGUCUCACUCACUCAUACACACGCAUUCACACCACCACCACCGACUCACCUGGGGCAGCCGCAGAAAAGGAGAAACGGCACUAGCCACCGGCCUCCCCCGGGAGAGGUGCCUACCUGACUUGGCGCUUGAAUCCGGCGCUCUCUCUGUCACGGCUUCCAGAGGAGCCCAGGCCUCAACAGCAGCACCGGUGUGGCGUAACGCAGGCAUCCGACGCCGGCGCCCCACUUGGCCGGCAGGGCGGCCCGUGUUGUGAUAGCGCACGCCCUCCUCCUGUUCUCGCCUGGGAAAGCGACUAGGAGGAGUAGACUCCGCCGGUCACAACACCACGACCACAAGCCGCCGCUUCCUGUUCACAAACAAACAGACAGGGAGGCAAUAGAGGAGGCGGGCGUUGUCAGGGCUGGAAGGGAGCGCCCAAGUCAUGCAGCGAGGGCAACCAGCAGAAGCUAUUACGGCAUCCUCUGACUCUGGGGCUCGAUCUCCAAGAUUCCGCUCCCACUUUCCUGGAGAUCUAGCUCUUGGUCCUCCUGCUGCUGUUGCUGCCGCCUCCAGCCUCGAGCUCCCCCUGCUGCUGUGUGCGAGGGACCGGCUGAGUUACAGAGUGUGACUGGCUGCUCCUCCCUGCAGGCGAGCAAAAAAAGAAAGCAAAGAAGCGGGAGGACAAAACAAGAUCAGCAAAACCAGCUAGCCCAAGGCACAUUUGGGGAUUGCCUCGAUUACUCCUGUCCCGUCGUUCUCUGACUUUCUCUCUACCUCAACAGGAAACUAAAGUGGAAAGAGGGGGCCUCCUCACCUGAAGCUCUGCCUGGCCAGAAGAUUUUCUCAUUUGACUUCUCGGCAUGCAAAGCUUAUUGGAGGGACAGGGAGCCACGCAACUUCUUGAGAUCUCAAGGCAGCCGCAGCGCGAUAGGCCAAGUCACAUCACCUACUUUCAGUGCAAAGCUGGCCCUUGAAAAGUCUCUGCAAAGUGCCUUCUCAGCAGAUACUUUCAAUUGCACAAGGCAUGAAAAGUCUCAGAAAACAAAACGAAAAAGACAAUGCAAAGCAAAUCCUAAAAUCAUCAUGUGAGUCAUGGGUGCCAUAUGAGAAGGCGGUACCAACUUUUCUGUUAUUUGUGCUAUUUUCUGGGGUUUCUGCCAUCAGCUACUAUUCAACAGCAGACAAGGUUUCCAGUUACAUUCAAUUCCAAUACAAAGACUGACCUCUGCCCACCAACCAGGAUUGGCCAAGAUGACCUACCAGGAUAUGACCUGAUUUCACAGUUCCAACUUGAUAAAGCUGCUUCCAGAGGCAUGAUCCAACGUGUGGUGGGCUCAACAGCUUUACAAGUGGCUUACAAAUUAGGCACAAAUGUAGACUUCAAGAUUCCAACAAGAUCUUUGUAUCCUAAUGGAUUACCUGAUGACUAUUCCAUUCUUACUACUUUUCGGAUGGCUGGAAAUACACUUCAGAAAUAUUGGAGCAUUUGGCAGGUUCUGGACUCUUCUGGAAAAGAGCAAGUUGGUUUGAAGUUUAAUGGACAAGCCAAGUCUCUUGACUACUCAUACAAAGGAAUUGAUGGGAGUCUCCAAACAGCAACAUUUCUGGAUUUGCCGUUUCUGUUUGAUUCCCAGUGGCAUAAGGUGAUGGUUGGUAUAGAAAAGAGCACCAUCACUCUUUAUGUUGACUGCAAUCUGAUACAAACUUUAACCAUAAAGCCAAGGGGAAAGAUCAACGUUGAUGGCUUUACUAUGCUGGGAAAACUGAAAAAUAAUCCUCAAAUUUCAGUUCCGUUUGAGAUCCAGUGGAUGAUGAUUCAUUGUGACCCUCAACGACCUCAGAGAGAAACCUGUGGUGAACUUACAGCCAGGAGUUCGAUAAGCCAGACAGCUGUCAAGAGAGGGCCCCCAGGUCCACAAGGCCCCCCAGGCCCACCGGGAGUUCCUGGCAUCGAUGGCAUAGACGGGGACAGAGGUCCUAAUGGGCCCCCAGGCCCUCCGGGUCCAGAUGGUGAACCAGGUAAACCAGGUGUCCCUGGAUUGCCAGGAAUACCUGGAGCUGAUGGAUUGACAGGUCCCGAUGGAUCACCAGGCCCAGCCGGUCCAAAAGGACAAAAGGGUGAACCUGGGUUGCCUGGAGGCCGUGGACUUCCUGGAAAAGGGAUUCCCGGAUCUCCUGGGCCUCCUGGUAUAGCAGGACUUCCUGGAGAAGUGGGCAGAGCUGGGCCACCUGGUGAUCUUGGAAAGAGAGGCCCUCCUGGAGUACCUGGCCCCCCAGGCCCCCCGGGAAUAGUUGGGCUUCGUGAUGGAGAUCCACUGUGUCCUAAUUCUUGUCCACCAGGCCGACCAGGACAUGCUGGGCUAAUGGGCAUGAAGGGUCACAAAGGAGUAAAAGGAGAGGCUGGUGAACCAGGAAAACAAGGCUAUAAGGGAGAGGAAGGUGAGGAAGGAGGAACAGGGGACAUUGGAGCUCAAGGCCCUCCAGGAUCUGAAGGAUUAAGAGGUAUAACUGGUAUCUUGGGACCCAAAGGUGAUAAAGGUGCUCGGGGUCUUGAUGGCGAUCUUGGUCCUCGAGGUCUUCCUGGGGCUCUGGGUGAUCAAGGACAAAGAGGUUCACUGGGAGAGUCAGGUCCCAAAGGGGAGAGAGGUCCUCAGGGUGUUAGAGGAAUCAGUGGCCUCCCUGGGCCUAAAGGAGAAAAUGGCUUACCGGGAGUUGAUGGCCGUGAAGGGAUCCCUGCCAUGCCAGGAGCAAAGGGUGAACCAGGCAAACCAGGUCCUCCCGGUGAUAUAGGAGUUCAGGGACUUCCAGGUUUUCCUGGCUCUCCAGGAGCAAAAGGUGUUCCUGGCCCAAUGGGUAAUUCAGGUCCUCCUGGGAAAUCUGGCUUGAUGGGGAAUUCGGGUAAACCUGGAGAACAAGGGCCACAGGGAGAACAAGGACCCAUUGGACCCAGAGGCCCCUCAGGAAGCAGAGGUGAGCCAGGUCCUGCUGGUCCUCCAGGUCCGCCAGGUAAAAUGGGUGCUGAGGGUGACAUAGGCCUCCCAGGUUUACCCGGGCCUCCAGGAUUGCCUGGUGGUAAAGGUGACAGGGGUUCAGUUGGUGAGCCAGGGCCUAAAGGAGAACAAGGAGCUGCUGGUGGAGAAGGAGAGCUUGGACACAGAGGCGAUCUGGGUGACAUGGGUUUGCCAGGCCCUAAAGGAUCUGUUGGGAAUCCUGGUGAACCGGGGUCACGCGGGCCUGAAGGAAGUCGUGGUUUGCCUGGGAUAGAAGGAUUACGUGGGCCACCUGGACCUCGUGGUUUGCAAGGAGAACAAGGUGCACCUGGUCUGCCUGGCAGCCAGGGUCCAGCUGGCAGAGAGCCAACUGAUGCACACGUUAAGCAAGUUUGCAUGAGAGUAAUGCAAGAACAACUGGCUCAAUUGGCUGCUAGCCUUCGGAGGCCUGAAUUUGGUGCUCCAGGCCUCCCAGGCCGUCCUGGACUACCUGGUGCCCCUGGACCUCCUGGAGAAAAUGGCUUCCCUGGGCAGCUUGGAUCCCGGGGGCUGCCUGGCCUUAAGGGUCCUCCUGGUGAAAUUGGGCUGAAAGGCCCAAAAGGUGAAACAGGAGAAAAGGGAGAGAGAGGAUUCCCAGGUCGAGGACCCAAAGGCUUACCAGGCACAACAGGACUCCCAGGGGAACCCGGCAAGCCCAGCUAUGGCACGGACGGGCGAGAUGGUAACCGAGGCCCACCUGGGGCAGCUGGCUUGCCCGGCAUUCCAGGCUCUCCCGGGCCACCCGGUCCUCCUGGCUAUUGUGAGCCAUCAGCCUGCACUGUGCAAGCUGGACUACGAGCUGACAACGUGAAAGGGCCAUGAAAAGUGUAAAAGUUAGUGACGUGAGUUUUUGGCAACAAUGUACUGUCCGCACAUACAUCUGACACAGAGAGAAAAAAGCAGAGGAGAAGCUUUCAGUAAAACCGUAAGAGAAUUCUAUCAAAGGCUUGACAGACUUUAAAUGCACUGGUUGUCCCCUUCUUCAGCCUGUACAAACUGUACAUGGUAACUAUAUAUUUUUUAAAUGGUGCUUUUAAGGUGAUACCAGAUGGCUUUCCUUUUUUAUCAUGGUGAAAGGCAGCUGUCUUUUUUAAAAAAAUGAUGUCUUCCCAAGCACUAAUCUUAUUUCUUUCUCCUCUUCAUAUUGUACUGUAUUAUAGUAUCAGCGAGAAAGACAUCAUUCGAUUUUAUUGUCUAGUACAUCUGUAAAAUCAUUGGGAUCAUUUGCAUUCACCUUUAUCCAUGUCGGUUAAUGUGAUCUCCAAUGUAUAGACAUGGCUGCCAUGCAAAAACAUGCUCAACGCUUUUGCAUACUGAGAAGCCUGUAAAUGUAUGAAAGCCAUGUUGCCAGUGAUCUAUCAGGUGAAAUAACUUUACUCAUAGGGGUUUUAAUUCUCUGUUUCAACAUGUACUGAAUUUUGUUUAAUGUGAUAUUACUGCCAGCUCCACCAUGUGUCCUAUCUGAAAUUAAGCCAAGUGGCCAAAAAGUUACUGGUAAGAGAAUUUUAAUCUUUGGAAACAGCUAGGAUUUAUUGCUGAGUUUAUUUAUUUUUUUAAAAAAUAUCUGAAGUCACAUCUCUAGUUGUAUAAAAGUUGAAAUAAAUAAUGUUUUUUUAACCCUUUGCAUUUUCUUGGUAUGAAUGGUAAAUACAAAUAAAACAAGGAGCUCUGCUGAACUCCAUUCUUAGAAAAGUACCCAGUUAUAUUUUUGAUUAGUUUCAUUUCUCAAGGAAACAACUGCAUUGUAUGAAAUAGUCCACUGUGUAAAUUUGUUUUAUGAAUUAUAUAUAUUCUUUGAUUUGUCAUUUUGAAAGAUAAAAAUAAA